GCGUGAGAAUGGCCCUGCCACUGCGGCUGCAGAGAUAAGUGAAAAUAUUUCCCAUGUCAUCCUUCACCAACAUCACACCUCAUCCUUGACCGCAGCCUGGCGCUGGCCGCCAGACCUGAUUCAAUACCCUCACAUACGGCCCUCAUCUACACCUCAUCAUGCGUCCUCUCAUUUUGUGUCUGAGCGCCUCAGCAGCCGCUACUACUCAUCACUUCAACAGCCACCUCGAGACACGACAGAGUAACGGCAGCAUACAAAUCGCAAUCGUGAACAAAUGUCCUGAUAUCAUCUGGCCUGGGAUCGCGGAGAACGACGGCGAAUCAUCUGAUGGGUUCGAACUGGCAGCCGGGAGCAACAGAACGAUAUCCGUCGCUGCAGAUUGGAAAGGUCGCAUCUGGGGCCGAACGAAUUGCACGUUCCCCAACGGCGAGAACCUGCCUGGCAACUGCCUCACAGGAGAAUGCGGCGCCCUCAAAUGCCGUCAAGCAGGCAACCCACCCGCAACCCUCGCAGAAUUCGACAUGUACGGCGCAGCAGAACAAGCCUAUUACGACAUCAGCCUCGUAGACGGCUACAACCUGCCCAUGGCAAUCGUUCUCGAACCCAACAACGUCCCAACCCUAGCAAACGUCAAACUCAGCGACAAAAUCCCCUCUUGCGUCGGCAGCAUCGAUGGCUUCGCCUCCGCCGCAGAUUUCAACCCCUACUCCAACAACCAACAAUUCCUCGGAACAUCCAACACCGACCAACUCCCCUUCGAAACAAAAACCACCGCCCAGUUCAUCGGCUCCUGGUGUCCCUUCGACCUCCUCGUCACCCCACCAAAAGUCCCGGGAAAUGGCGUCUACCCUUACCCUGACGGGAAUAUCAAGAGACCGGAUUUCAGCCCUUGCAAUUCGGCGUGUCAGAAAUAUGGGAGGGCUAAGUACUGCUGUACGGGAAGAUACGAUCGUGGGAAUUGUGAUCCGAAUUAUUAUGCCAAAGCGGCCAAGGCUGUUUGUCCGGAUGCAUAUUCGUAUCCGCAUGAUGAUACGAAGAGUGUUUUUGGGGUGGCGAGGGGUGGGAAUUGGCAGGUUGUGUUUUGUCCGGGAGGGAGGAGUACGAAUAUUUUGGCGACGGUGGCUGGGAAGGCGGGUUGAAAUGGAGAAGGGGAGGGAUUGUGUUGGAGGUUUGUGUGAUGCAGUUUUUGAUACCCCUUUAUUUCAUAACUUUUCUGUAUGUCAAGGUGCUUGGCUCAUCGAUUCAAGCAUGGCAUCGUGGGGCUGGAAUAAGCCUGAACGAAAUUGAGGGUGAUUCUUGAGGAUCGGGGCUGUAGUGUGCACGUGGUCUAACUUCAUCACGUCCUGUGGAGACAUGUGAGGAGAAAUAGAGCAGAAAAGUG